AUGUUCUUCUUAGUUUCUAAUCUUUUUCUCUUUUUUUUUUUUUUUUGCUUUCUCUUUCUUUCUGUUUCUUUUUCUGUUCAUAUAACUUUCUUUCCUUUCCUAAUUUAUUUACCUCUCUAUUCCUUGUCCUUUUUCUCUUUAUUCCUUGUCCCUUCCUCUUUAUUCCUUGUCCUUUUGUUCUUUAUUCCCUGUCCUUUUCCCAUCUUUAUUCCUUGUUCCCUUUUUAUUCCUUGUCCCUUUUCCACUUUUUAUACCCUGUCCCUUUUCCCCUCUUUAUUCCCUGUCCCUUUUCCCCUCUUUAUUCUUUGUCCCAUUUUUCUUUAUUUCUUGUCCCUUUUCGCCUCUUUAUUCCCUGUUCUUUUCUCCUCUUUAUUCCUUGUCCCCUCUUUAUUCCCUGUCAUUUUCCCCUCUUUAUCCCUUUUCCCCUUUUUAUUCCCUGUCCCUUUUCCCCUUUUUAUUCCCUGUUCUUUUCUCCUCUUUAUUCCUUGUCCCCUCUUUAUUCCCAGUCAUUUUCCCCUCUUUAUCCCUUUUCCCCUUUUUAUUCCCUGCCCCUUUUCCUCUCUUUAUUCCUUGUCCCCUUUUUAUUCCCUGUCCCUUGUCCCCUUUUUUCCCUGUCCCUUUUCCCCUCUUUAUUCCCUGUUCCUUUUCUCCUCUUUAUUCCUUGUCCCCUUUUUAUUCCCUGUCCCUUUUCCCCUCUUUAUUCCCUGUCCUUUUCCCCUCUUUUUUCCCUGCCCCUUUUCCCCUCUUUAUUUCUUGUCCCCUUUUUAUUCCCUGUCUCUUGUCCCUUUUUUCCCUGUCCCUUUUUUCCCUGUCCCUUUCCCCUUUUUAUUCCCUGUCCUUUUUUAUUCCUUUAUUCCUUUUAUUCCCUGUUUUUCCCCUCUUUAUUCCCUGUCCUUUCCCCUCUUUAUUCCUUGUCCCUUUUUAUUCCCUGUCCCUUUUCCCCUCUUUAUUCCCUGUCCCUUUUCCCCUCUUUAUUCCCUGUCCCUUUUCCCCUCUUUUUUCCCUGUGCCUUUUCCCCUCUUUAUUCCUUGUCCCUUUCCUUUUUAUUUCUUUUUCUUUAUAUUUUCUUUUUUCCUUUAUUCCUUUUCAUUCUCAUCAUUUCUUUUUCCUUUCUGA